AUGCGAGGCGAGAACAUAACCAAGCGAGUUGAUGCUAACUCGAGAUCUCAGAUCUGCCACAUCCACAUUGGCCAGGCUGGUGUACAGCUUGGUAACGCUGCGUGGGAGCUGUAUGUCACCUCGCUGCGUCUCCAUUCUCAUGCUGAAACAGAAAACAGUUAUCUCCUUGAACAUGGACUCAACGCCGAUGGAUCCAUGAGCCCUGAUGUGAUCGACGACGCCGUGAGAAGUGGAUCUUACGAGACAUUCUUUACAGAGACCAGCGUCGGAAAAUACGUCCCUCGUGCCAUCUUCAUCGAUCUGGACCCCUCUCCCAUCGACGAGAUUCGCACCGGUACAUAUCGCGAACUCUUCCACCCAGAGCAGUUGAUCAGCGGAAAGGAAGAUGCUGCGAACAACUAUGCGCGUGGCCACUACACUACUGGAAAAGACAUUGCUGACGACGUUCUCGGUCGAAUCCGUCUUGUGUCUGAGAAUUGCGGCUCUCUGCAGGGCUUCAUGAUCUUCCAUUCCUACGGUGGUGGUACAGGCUCAGGAUUUGGCUCGCUGCUGCUGGAACGGAUUACCACCGAGUUCAGCCGCAAGGCCAAGCUGGAGUUCUCAAUCUACCCUUCACCUCGUACCUCGACUGCAGUGGUGGAGCCCUACAACACCGUGCUAUCUACCCAUAGUACUAUUGAGAACUCGGACUGCACUUUCUUGGUGGACAAUGAUGCAGUGUACGGCAUCUGCCGCCGUAACUUGGACAUUACCCGUCCCGGCUACGAGCAUAUGAACGGUCUUGUUGCUCAAGUGAUCAGCUCUUUCACGUCCAGUUUGCGUUUUGACGGCGCUCUCAACGUCGACCUGGCUGAAUUUCAGACAAAUCUGGUGCCAUACCCACGUAUACACUAUCCUCUGAUCUCGUAUGCUCCGGUGAACGGCGAGAAGAGUAGCUCCCAUGAAAGCUACAAGGUGCAAGACCUCACUUUCAAAUGCUUUGAGCCAAGAAACCAGAUGGUUAUGUGUGAUCCCCACAAGGGCAAGUACAUGGCUGUGGCUUUGCUUUACAAGGGCGAUGUAGUUCCUCGCGAGUGUUCACAGGCCAUCGCUGCUCUCAAGGCCAAGAGUUCCUUCAACCUGGUCCAGUGGUGUCCCACCGGCUUCAAAGUCGGGAUCAACUACCAAAAGCCUGUCCGUGUUCCCGGUAGUUUGCUAGCCCCUGUGGAUCGCUCAGUUAGCAUGCUGGCCAACACUACUUCUAUCGCCGAGGCUUGGUGCCGUCUUGACCACAAGUUUGACCUAAUGUACUCCAAGCGUGCUUUUGUGCACUGGUAUGUGGGUGAAGGCAUGGAAGAGGGCGAAUUCACAGAGGCGCGUGAGGACCUGGCUGCCCUGGAGAAGGACUAUGCGGAGGUGGCUGAAGAUAACAAUGUGCAAGCAGUGGAAAAUGAGUACUGA